ACGAACGAUGGGAAACUGCGACGCAUGCGCGAGCACCUGCGCCGCGCGCGCGCGCCGGCGCGCGUCGACGCGUGGCGCGGCGCGGCGAUCGAGGAGAUACAGGCAAACAGUGUCAGAGAAGUCGCGGUCGCGAAAGCGGCGCUGGCGCUCGAGCGGUGCGACCGCGCGUGCGCGGGCGUCGUCGCGCACGACUGCGGACUGUGCGUGCGCGCGCUCGGUGGGUUCCCGGGACCGUACACGAAGGAUUUUAACUACAGGGUCGGGGGCGACGGGUUGAGAGCGCUGCUCGACGGCGCGGGCGCGAUCGAUCGAAGCGCGUGCUGGGACGAGACGCUGGUGCUGGCGCGCGAGGGUCGGGAGAUGGUGGUGUUCACGCGCGAGAAGGAGUACGGGGACGGGGAGGUGGGAGAGCCGAGAAAGUGGACGCGGUGGCGGGACGACGCGAGUCGAAGCGUCGGGAGCGUCUUCGUGGCGACGGGGUUCGGGUUCGAUGAACCGCUCGCGGACGUCUCCGAGGAUGAGUAUCAACGAUUUCGAAGGGACGCACCGUCGGUUUGGUCGAGCUUCGCGACGUUCGUGAGAGAGAGCGGCGAGUUUUGA